UGGCGCCUACCGGCUCCGGCAUGGCCCUAAAUCAAGAUGCUCGGAUGUGGAGUGCCUACAAAGAACUUUACAGCACAGUUGAUGCAGCCAUCAAUAAGAAACAGCCGGAUGCCAUUCAUGAUCUCGGGGUUGCUCUGAAGAAACACAAACCUGUCUUCUUGUCUUUGCUGACAAAUCCAGCAAAGAAUGCUACUUACAAAGAAGAUGUAAAGAAAGCUACAACAGAGGGGUUGCCCAUUGCUGGGCAGCAGGGCAAGCAGGUUCUCUCGCAGGCCUUCGUUGAUGAGUCUUUGAUAAUCAGUGAUCUGUUCGAGCUGAAUGAGUUUGCAGCUGUUGAAUUGCUGAUUGCAGGUGAGAAUCAGUUACCCUACUUCCCUGGUCUGACGCGUGGUCUCGUGGCUGUGCUCCUUUACUAUGAUGGCAAACGCUGUCUGGUCAAUUCUUUGCGGAGUCUUAUGCAGGCACGUGAAGGACGCACGUGGACUCUUGACCUCAAUCAAGAUUUGGUCAUGAUGACUACGAAAUUCACCCAGGAGCUUAUGGCUGAGGACUUGACCAUGAAAAUUCUAGAGUUGACUCGGACCUUUGAAUUAACAAGUGAGAUAGAGAAGAUGCAGAAGCAGAGAGGACUGGGGAAAGCUAAGCAUAGAAAAGAGGUCACUGACUUCAUCAAAGAGAUCAGACUCUCGUUGGUAGAAUCACUUUUCAACUGGUCAUGUCAGACUGGCCUAAGUCGUGCAGACACCAUCGCUGUCAUCCGCCACUUGAAGAACAACUGUGGCUUAAAUGCUGAUGGGACACUAGAUAGUGUCACUUUGUGCCUGUUGAUGGCAGCACUGUACUGUUUUGAUGUUAGUAUCCUUGACCAGGAGGAAGGGGAAGAACUGAUAAAGAAGCUCCCCAUUGUCUCCGAUGAAGAUUAUAUUGGGGACAUCCACAAUGAAGUCACAUCAGAGGACGGGUGGACCAACAAGGGCAUCAAAGCUGUCCUCCAGUUUGCCUGGGCCCAGACUCUGCGAACACUGUCACAACAAAAUCUUGGGCAAGUUUGGGGCGACUACUGUGAACAGGAUGAGAAUAUAGCGGAGACAGCGAUACAAGAUGGUGCGUUCAGCUUCCUGAAAGAGGCUGUGAUUGGCUCCGAAGUAUUCCAUAAUGAGGAAUUCUAUGUUCGACGUCUGCAUGGCAUCAUAAUCGACUUUCUUGUCCAGAUGCCACUAAAGGUGAAGGAACUGCGUAAUCGUGGUGAUGAGACUGCCCGCAUCGUCAUGGCUCAUCUUCAAGAAGGUCUCACGCCACCUUCCAAUCUCCCAAGGGAUUUCGAACAGCUCCUCUGCUUGCUUGGUGACUUCUACUACAAAGAUCCACUUCAUCUGGAGCUGUCCUUGGAGUACUGGUGUCCCAUUGACCCAGCCCUGAGUCCAGGGGGUGGCGGAUCAUUUGCCUCGAGGAUACAUCAUAGGCCUCCGCAACGACAGAUCAGUUUGUACAAGUUCAUCCGGCUUGCUGGUGACUUGCUCCCGCCUGUUCUCUAUAUACCUUAUGUCAGGAUGUUACGAGGUUUAGCAAACGGUGCAGAGGCCGCUCAUCACUGUUACAACCUCCUCAAGGCAAAUGGAACUAGUUAUGGUGGUCAGGCGAGCACAGUUUCCUGGGAUCAUUUCUUUGCGUCGUUCAACCAGUAUUUGACGAGUUUGCGACAAGAAUAUCCCUCUGGGAUGGAUGUGACCCAGAUCUACCGUCAUGCCCAUCACCGGGGCAUCACACCUCAGGAACUUGACGGACUCGUCUCUGUCUUACAGCUGAUGAGGUGCAUAGCUGAACAGGAUGAAAGUGCCCGAGUAGCCCUGUGUGAGAAUCAACAGUGGAUGAGUAUCUUCCUUUUCUUUGGCCUGCUGGCCUGUAGUAUUCCUGCUGUCCUCAAAGGAGAAAUACUCCAGACGCUGGCAGCGUUCGCAAAAACAGCAGAGAUAGGAUUGACGUUGUGGCAGUCACUGGAGUCGUCCCAGAUUAUACCUACAGUAUCCAGUACCUCUAUGCAACAAUCGGGAGGAAUGAAAAUAGAACUUGACGAAGUCGAGGCAAGGAACGAGGAGUUCCCCAUGACCACAUCCUUCAUGAAGUUAGUCGGCUCACUCACCAAUAUUCCCAUCCCUGCUGGCCUCGGGGCAGGAUAUCGAGCUCCUGGAUUCGAUCCAUAUCUUGACUUUAUUCGGGACUGCGUCUUCCUCAAGUUCAAUACAAGAGCUUACAAAAAUCCAGCGGAGAAGUGGGCAGUCGCGGUAGGUGCAUUGGAGUUGUUCCACAAGCUUCUCCUCCAGUAUGAGAUGGUGCCAGAGGACUUUGUAGACACCCACGCCGACAUGCAGGUUGGAGGCAAAUCCCCAGGUUACUCACUCAUGAUUCAUCUCAUGAAUGAUGGAGGUCUCCUCAAAAUGGUUCUGUUCAUCAUAGACGAAGUCGUACGCAAUCUCGAUCUAUACACAACAUACCCCGGCAAGGCCAAUAUGGACAAGGCUGCCCUCUUUUGCCUGAAGAUGAUAGCAACAGUGCUAAAUCGCCAGGAUCAGUUCUUGGACUUGUUACGAGAUGGCGGUUCGUCUGCUCUCGUGUCUCCCCUGGAUAAACUCCUCCUGGGUGUUAACCCUAGAACAGCCAAAGCUGACCACAUGGUCAAUGUUGUAAGGUAUAUCAGUCACAACAGUACCAACCCUGAACAUGCUCUGGCCGCUGUCCAGAUCCUCUAUCAUGUUUGUCAGACACCAAAGGUCCAGCAAGAGUUGGUUGGCCUCUUCACAGUCAAUGAGGACCUGUACCAGAUCAUCUUGCAUGGCUUUGUCGAGUGUUUGGAGGCUGAUGACCCAGAGGUCAUCGAAGAAGAGGAUGUCUUACAAACAGGAGAGGAUCCAAGUGUGUCCCAAAUCCGUAACGCCACCCGGCAGAGCAUCAUGAAACUAUUAUUGCAGAGUGUGGACCAAGCAUCACCAAAUAUAGCCCACUGUCUUCUCGGCUUUGAGCUCAGGAAACCAGUUUACAAAACUAAUUUGCAAGAUCCAGGUGUCCUGCGGUCUCCAAGGACUUGCCUUCAUUCCAUCCUGAGUGUUAUUGAACAUGGUGUCGGUUCGAAAUCUGGUCCAACCUGUAUGAACGACACCCCUGUCCUUGCCGAGCUCUGUUAUCACCUCAUCUACAUGCUAUGUGCUAACAAGGACACAUCAGACCCGACCAUGCGGUACCUGAGGACGACUUACGACUUCUUCUACCGACAUCUGCAGCACCUGCCAUUCUCACAGGCAGAAAGUCGUAAUAGAGACCUCAUCCUGCUCCAACAGGCUUGGCUUGUCAAGACAAUCGCUAUAGAGCUGCGACUGACCUCCAUCAACCGUCAGCGGUCGAACACCCAGCGUCUGAUGAAGUUGCUACUGGACGAUUCGCCUGUCCUGCCCUCAACUGGAAAUUUUGGGCUUGACCAAGAUGCGACGCAUUUUGACCUUGACCAGACAGCAUUCCAUCGGACACAGGUCCAGCAGAAUAAAACAUUCAUGGCAGGUGGACAAACGAAACAGAAAAUCCUGCUCCUGCUCGAGACUAUAGGUCUCGCUCAAGGACUGGAAUUCCCCAGUAUGCCCAUGUUGGAGUUCUUCGAUCGCGAAUCUAUCGAACAGUUCAUCGAAUCUCAGGAAGUCAAAAAUGAGCGCGGCAUCCGGUACUGCAGCGUGAAGACGCUCCAUAACCUCAUGAUGAAUGAGUUGAACAAUAAUUUGCAGGGGUCGGCCGCAGCCACGCAGAGGAGAAUCAUGAUUGAUGAGAUUCAGCAAAUCUUGGCGGUCGUCGUCGACCGCAACAACAUGCGAGAGAGUCUCCAUGCCAAGAAGUGUAUGUUCGACGCGUGGCGCCAUGUUGUUGAGAUCCUGCUGACGGCAUGUCCUGUUGAAUUGCUGGCUGGGGAGGAGAGGCAGAGCAUCAUCUUUGAGUUACUGCAGGAUCUCUUCAUGGAGAUAUCAAGUGAGGAUGCUCUCUCAGAGCUCACCGUCCUAGCAGCCAGCGUCAUCCUAACGUUACUCGCCAAUCUUCGUCAGUGUUUCAUCAGUGACCAGUUGACGGAGAUGGUGGGCGAAGACCUGGAGGAUGCAUCCAAUGAGGAGGGAUCAAACUUUGGUCAGAAAAAAGGAUCGCGCACACUGUUUGCGUCUUCUCUUCAAGUCGUUCUCAAGGGACUCAUUGAUCAUAUUCUACGUACUAGCGGUGGGUUGCAGCGGGUCCGCGCUAAUCUCUACGGAGCAUUAUUGUAUUGUCUCCAGAUUGCUCAGAAGCCUGUCUACAUUCCAUCUCUGGAGCUAGGUGGGCAGGGUGACCAUCCCGUGCUCUCGAGGAUCUCCAACAAAGAGAGUGAGUGCGAAAAACUGAUGCGGGAGAACAUGGAGACUAUUGUUGGCUAUGGUGACAGUUUUAUGGAGGUCGUCUGCCGUGAUGCCUGCGAUGGCCAUGAAGUUGGACGGAUGCUUGCCCUGUCGGCGCUCGAUGCCAUCAUUUCGGCGGAUAAAAGUUUGACAUGGCUCUCAUUCAUGCAGAGUAAAGGUUACCUGCAGCACCUUAUUGACAGUUUACUGCAUGAGGAUGAGAAACUUCAGACCAUGUUAAGUCCAAACCCGGAACCACUCAAGGCACUGUAUAUCUACGAAUCAAAAAUGAGUCUGUUGACAAGAUUAGCAGGUACUGCUACGGGAGCAAAUGCUUUGUUGCGUUGCGGUGUGAUGGGCCGGUUGUCUGAGUGCAUCUUCCUCGAUCUUAGGCCAGAUGUACCGAGUCAGCAUGGCCAGGGUAUGCCGCCGUUUGAAGGAUUUUUGCCAACCAUCCUCGCGCGGUACAGACAGUUACUGUUCCCUGCCCUGCAGCUCUGUCUGUCAAUCAUGACAUCAUUGGGUGUGGAGAAUCGUGACGCGGCAAAUCAGGUCUUGAAGGCGGUGGCUGCUCACAUCGAUGUUUUCAACGCAAUUCUAAGAGAACAACACACAACUCUGAACUUAUCCAACCUGCAGGAGUUGGCUCUUGUAACGGCGGUCAUCAGCCGGGCGGCAGCAGACGGGGACGAACAGGAGUUCCUGUUCAAGGAUGUCACCAGCAUCGAGAUGCAUAGCCAUUUUAGUCGCAUUCAACGCCAGCUUCUCUCCCUGUUGUCGCGCUUUUGUACGAUGGAGAAAGUUGACCGCCAUCUUAAAAACAUGGAAGAGGAUGUGAGCAGUGACGGGAAGGAUCUGAGGGGCGAACUUGUGCAGGCCGUUUUAGAAGUCAGCUGUAAUGUGCUGGCUUAUUGUCGGACUGUGGUCGCCAAAUCAGCCCCAGAUGCCAAGCAUUGUCGGAUACUGUUUGGACCAAGUCUUACUGAGGUUACGUCACGGGAUAUGCAUGGAGUUGAUGAGCUGCAUAGUUCCAUCACUGGUGCUUACCGACCGCCCACCCUUGGCAUAAUAGUCAUCUACCUAAAGCAAUACACAGACCACUUCAUACACUGCAUGGACCAGUACAAGCAGAACAUGAGGAAGUUAAAGGGACUCAACGAACUCUCCAGUGAUGAACUAAAAGAAUUGUCCGGUAUUGCUAGCAGCGAGAAAAUAUCGGUGCAACAACGUCAGAAACUUGCAAAGAAACGUCUGGUGCAGAUGCUGAAGCAUAAAGUCCAGGAAGUCAAACAGUGCUCAUAUCUGAUAGAGAAUUCCUUGUUCUUGUUAUGGAGGCAUUUAGACUAUUACUUCAUGUUCUGUCGGCCGUAUGACCAGGGCAACACCCUCUUCAAACUGAACGCGAGGAAGGAAAAACAAAUGCGGCGUCUCACAGAGCUGCCUGGUUCUGGUAACGCAAGCGAGAUUGACUAUGAUGACAUCGUCGAGGAAUCCGCCACCAGUUCAUUGAAGGUAACCAAGGAGGAGAUAGACAAACUCAAACAGGAUGCAGUCGCCUGCAUCAAUGAUUCACUCUUCAAGAAACUACAGGAAAUAGAACAGUGCUACACAAAGAACUACUCCCGCUACGGUUUCAUGGAGGGCCUCGUCCGCCGACUGAAGAGGUUAUUAAGACUCCACUCAGGCAUCAACUGCUAGUGAGCGGCAAUAGAUGCAUGCUCACGAACUGGAGAAUUACUUCUCUUUUCAUUGUACAAUUUUCAUGGGAGGUAGAGAAUGUGUGAGGCGGUUUUGUUCGGGGCUGUCCUUGUUCACCGGCAUGAGAUGUUUUGGUAUCAGAAAUUCUUUCGAUGCUUUCUUGGACAUCGUCUCUGUGUGAAGUUUGGGACGGCCCCUUUUUCCUAUUAACUCUUUCAGUGCAAGUUGAGCAUUUUCGUAGGCUGUCUGAGAAACUAUUGUCUCAUCUUCAGUGCCUCAAUUUGGGUGUACAUUUAAUAAAUGUACAUCACAUGAAUAUUACCAGUGUUGCAUUUGCUAUAAAUACUUUUUGGUAUUGAAAGAGUUAAAGGAUUGUAUUGUGACUUUGUGUUAUGUACAGUAGCACCUCUCUAUUAAGGACACCCACGGGACUGACAACUGCUGUCCUGAUUAGAGAGAUGUCCUGAUGAGAGAGGUAAAAUUGAAUGGAAACCAAUCAUUUGGGACCAAAGCUAGUGUCCUUUAUAGAGAGGAUGUACUUUAUAGAGAGGUGUCCGCUAAGGGAGGUUCCAUUGUACAUGUAAGCCAGUGUUCUGAAAAAGUUGUGAGUCCAGGCAGGGUGAUGGGGACUUAUAUUUUCCUUCACUGCCUUUGUAAACAUGUGCAACUUUCUGUGAUAUCCAAGUGGGAUGAGGGGAUGCCCCUUGGACUUUUUUUAGGGGUCAUGAUAUAGUCAGCUCUGGAUUUCAGGGCAAACUGGUAAGCCCUGCCUGGAUGUAUCAGCUAGAACACUGAAGCACUAUGGCAUCAUAUAUUGUUGUUUAUGUCUUUUGGGUGAAAUUGGAUUCCAUACAAGUAACAGAAAUGUCUUCUCAACCCUUUAAGCAGCUAAUUUGUUUUUCUGUGAGCCAGCUAGAGCCCUGUUGAGAACAAUGUCGCCAUCUAUCUGCUCUUCGUCGGAACCAAUACAGUCAUUUACUGUUUAAUAGUGUCCAGAAUUUGGGGCUGCUCAAAUUGCCUCCUGACCCAACUAAUAGAAUUUGCAUUCCUUUAAAAAUCACAAUUUGGAAUAAAUGUUCACAUCUUUUUCAUGGAUAUUGUCAUGUUUGUACAUAAUAAUUGUGUUAUUGUGAAAGUUAGGCUACGUACUAAGGUUGAACAAAUACGAUAUCUAAAUCUGAAUUCACCCAUUUUCAUAUAAGAACCAAGGUGAAAGACCAGUGCAGUUAGAUCUAAAGUGAUCAAAAUCAAGUCUGGUUCCAUUUCAUUGAAAUAUUUCAAGAACUGCAUGAUGGGUAUGUGGACUUCUACAUUAUAAUCAUAGUGGGGCACUAUUUGAACGAAGUGCUGGGCCUUUGAGACAUUAAGUUGGAAUUUUGUAACUAUACAACAGCAUUUUGUAACUGAAAAGCAAAUAGUUCAUAUUUUGUAAGUGCGAACUGAACA